UCGUUUUUCUCCAACUUUUUCUCUGACGAGAACCCAUUGUAGCCUGCAUAGUACAAAGCGUGAACGCCGGCGAGAACGGCAGCAGGAGGCGGCUAAAUUAUCACACACUGCAACUUGCAGUGACCUAAACAUGGCCUCCGGUCACCGGGAAACUCCUAUUUCCGGCGAACAAUUGAGCAUGGCCGGAUUAAGCGACCGCGUCGCCAAGUGUCUCCUUCAAUGUCAUGACCAAACUCUGCGCUGUCUCAUCGAGUCCGCCCCCGCCGGAGCCAAAAACCUCAGCGACGCGCAAAUCGUGCAGCUCAUCUGCUCCACCUUCCCUCUCACAUUCUCCCCUCCCAACCGCAACCUCCUAAUCGAACGCAUCGCGAAAAUCACUCCGCUCUGGUGCAGGAGAGUGAGCGCCGUGGACGAGCCAGCAGCGAAAAGGCUCAAAUUUGACGAGAGUCGGAAUGCGAAUCGGCAAAUUGAGGUAGCUAGGGGUUCUGCUUCAGCAAGUCAUUCAGAUUCUAACGGUCAGGAACUGGAUUCUGCUAGGAGUAAUAAGGAUGCGAAUGGGGAUAAUAUGGCGAUAAUUGGGGAUAUUGUGCAAGGAAAUAAAUUAGGGGUUAGCAUGAGAGAGGUGAAGAAGAAUGAGGUUAAGUGGCCAAUGUUUAGGGAUAUUGGUGGGAUGUAUCAUAUAUUGGAGUGUUUGAAAGAGGAGGUGAUUGCCCCGAUGUUCCAGAUGAAGCUACUGCAUCACUUUGGAUGCAAACCUACAACCUCAAUUCUGUUACACGGGCCACCGGGCUGUGGGAAAACCAUGCUUGCUCGAGCCAUUGGCAAUGAGACCCGAGUGCCGUUCUAUGAAACUUCUGCUGUUUCGUUGAAGUCUGGAGUUUCAGGACCUAAUCAUGUGAAUUGUAUGGGGUGUUUGCCGGAAUGCUGGUGUCUAUCAAAUGCAGUUUAUUUGGAGGGACUGCAUUGCACGGCUUAUGUUUGCAAACUGUGUAUCCAAGAGUUGUUCUGCAGAGCAUACAAGAAUGCACCAUCUAUUGUGUUCAUUGAUGAAAUUGAUGCAUUGACUUCAGAAACAGAAAGCUUGUUACGAUGCCCAGUAAAACAGUUGAUGGCUUGCAUGAAGGAACCUGUGAAUGACGGUUCUGAUUCUGAAAGAUUUAAUAUUGGACGCGGUGGCUAUGUGCUGACAAUUGGAGCAACCAAUAAGAUUGAUGCUCUUGACCUUGCCUUAAGGCAGCGGUUUGAUCAUGAAUAUCUUUUUAAUGUUCCAAGUGAAAUUGAGCAGCAUGGCAUACUUACAGUUCUAAUACGUAAUGAUGAGUUUGAAGAGGGUUCUGAUCGUGGGAGGGUAGUAAAGUAUACUCAGGGUUAUGUAGCAGGAGAUUUGGUAGAACUAGUAAAUAAGGCUCGUAUGAUUGCUUUCAAAGAUGUCUUUUUUCCGAGAGCUUGCAGAUUGGAUUUUGAAGACAUGUAUGAGGCUUAUGGAAUACCAUUUUCAGAUGAACAAAUAGAGGAGUUCAAAUUACCCUUGGAGUGUUUUAUGGUAAUCCUCUUGUACUCCCUACAAAAAGCUAAUGAUAUGGUACGACCACGUGCUGAAAUGGAAGCUUUUUCCCCCACACCAUAUAAAAACUGGGAUGAUGUUGGAGGCCUUCAAUUGUUGAAAUUGGAACUUGAACGCCGCAUAGUUAAGCUUAUAAAGUUUCCACAACUUUAUGAGUCUCUUGGGGAAAUUGUGGUGAAGAACUUGCCGACCUCCUUUUUCCUUUAUGGUCCUUCGGGUUGUGGAAAGACAUCGAUUGUUGAGGCUUUAGCUAGAGAAGCAGGAGCGAAUUUCAUGCAUAUCAAGGUGGAUGACCUUUUGAAUUUGACGUGGCCUGAGGAGCUUGUGAAAAAUAUUUUCAAACGUGCAAAAAGUCAGCCUCCAUGUGUAGUUUUAUUUGAUGAGUUGGACUUGUUGUCCGUAGAUAAUUUCACAGACGAAGAUCUGGAGAGGAACAAAAAUGCAUGGAAGUCGGAGAUAUAUUGGCUGAUAUGGACCCAUUUCCGAGAUAUGAGAAAAGAAUCGCGUGUUUAUGUGAUUGCUACAUCAAGUAGGCUAGAGAAUCUGGAGCGUAUCUCGCUCAUCAAAGAAGAUUUUGGUAGGAUGUUGUAUGCUCCUCUUCCUACUCCAGAUGAAAGGGGAGAGAUAUUGAAGAUUCUUGCUCGAAACAAGCCAAUAGAUGCAGAAGUGGAUCUGAUGGCUCUAGGAAAAGACUCCGCUUGUGAAAAUUUCAGUGGCUCUGAUCUAUUUGCAUUGGUGGCAGAAGCUUCUAAGUUCGCUAUUGAUCGACCAUUAUUGUCCUGUGGGGGUAACAUGACCAUCACAAAUGAAGAUUUUGAGGCUGCGUUAGAUGAAGUCUCCCCUUCUCUCUCAGCCAAGGAACGCAAGAAAUGGGCGCUGCAUGCGAAGAAUAUUGAUGUUACUCAUGGCGCAUCUGCAUUGGACUGGUAGACUUAUGUUAUUAUGUGUGCAUGAUGUGAGAUUCCUUCUCAUCUUUUGUUACUUGUUAGUAACAUCUUAAAAAUGUGCAAGUAUGGGCUAAAAUAUGUCCAUGUGAAUCUAAUCCCAUAUGUAUUGACAUCUAAGUACUAUGUAAUUUUGUUAGCACUAAACUUGUAUAAAUAUCGUUUAGUGCU